AUGGCUCCAUUAUCUCAUGAUUUAGCUGGUCUUAUAUUACCACAUGAUUAUUUUGGUUCACAUUUAAAUGAUUUAGGUGUAACAAUAAAUAUUGAUUUAGAAAAAUUAAAUUUUCGUAAAGCUGGACAAAUCUUAGCUGAAACAUGGAAUCAAUCUGUUAUUGAUGAAUUUCCAUGUGUUGCUGAAUAUAUUAAUCCACCAGUGACAUCAGAAGAUGAACGUCGACAAGUUGAUAUUAAAAUUGUUAUGGACGAAAUUUUACGACAAAUUUUUGUUGAAGAAGAAGCAGAAGAAGGAUAUGAAUUUCGUGUUCGUGCAUCGGAUGAAUAUUAUCAAGAAAAUGUUCGUGCACUACAAGAAAAAAUUGGUGAACAACCAAAAUAUAAUAUUAAUGAAUAUUGGUUUGAAUGUUAUGGAGCAUGGCGUUCAAAUUAUGAUGAAGUAUUUCCUCAUCGAUUUUUACCAUCAUCUGCACCAUUUGAAUGUACAUCAUAUGGUAUUAAAAUGGCAGAGAGAGAUUAUCAAAAAGGACAAUUUUAUGAAUCAUUAUUUCAACGAAUUCAAUUUCAUGGUGUUGUCAUUCAACAUACACAGAAUGAAAUGUUACCAUUUGAUUAUUGUUGUUCAUCAGUAAAAAAAGAAUUAAAAAAAAAGACUCUAAUGAAAAAUCAUUAUAAAAUUUAUGCACAACAUCAUGAAGAUCUUGAUCAUAAUCAAGAUGAUACAUUAACACUACCAGCAGCAAUAACUGAUAUAACAACAAAUUCAAAUGAAACUCAAUCAACAACAACAGCAACAGCACCUGUGCUUAAAACAGACAUGUUAGAUUGGCUUCGAUCAAAUUUUGAUGGCUGUGAUUUGGGUCCAAUAUCAACUCAACUUGCCAAUGAUCGUGUUACACGUUCAAUGAAAAAAUUAUAUGUUCAAGAAAACAAAGAUGAACAUGACAAUAAAGAUUGUGUGUAUGUAGAAUAA